AGGAGAGCGGAGGUGAGGAGAAGCUGGAGCCGCCCCGGGGCAGUCGCUCCUCUCCAAAUUGCGCGUGCGCGUGGUCCUCUCAUUUUUCUCCUCCCCUCGCCCGGGGAAAGUUGGUGUCUUGGAGCCGGUUUUCCUCCUCGUGGGGAAGAGAGGGACAACGUCGUCGUCGUCCCCGUGUCCCUCAUCCGGUUGGAGGCUGGCGAUAGUGGCCGCAUAGCGCGCCCGCGCCCCGGGGAGCAGCCAGGUGCGCUUCUGCCUCGCAGAGGGGCUGAGUCGUCCGCUGUACUGCGGUCAGGACCGUCCCCGAGGGAGCAAAGAGAGAAAGAGAGAAAGAAGUGGAGGAGGAGGAGGAUGAAGGGACCUGACCGGAGCGGCCUCGCUGCUGAGGGCUGACUUCUACCUUGGAUUCUUGACUGCAUGCAUUCCAGCUUGUGUUAGAAGCAGUAAUGGCAGCAGAAUGCAUCAAGAACUGUUGCAGUGCAUGUUUGUAUGUUGAGAAAGAAAAGCAUGAUGCCUCUCUGGAGAAGGAGUCUGAAGUUACAGCCAAAUAUAGAUCAAAUGUUGUAGAGAAGCCUCCCUUGUCUUCUGUGUUGGUGAAACCUCAGGUUGGCUGUUCGGAAGAUUAUCUUCUCUCCAAGCUCCCACCAGGUGGCAAGGAUGUGCCCUUUGUGGUUCCUCAGUUCAAGCUUGCCUACAUUCAGCCCAGGAACCUUGGCAAUCCACACAUUGGAGGAAUUCAAGGUUCUGCUAUAGCACAUUUUGGUGACCGGAAAGCAGAUGUUUCCAACGCAUACCAGCAAAGACCUCUUGUUGAUGUGGUGUAUAAUCCAUUCUACAUGUACCAGCAGCCUUCUCACUCUCCAGAUUCGACUCAGUACUGCCCAGAAAAAUCUAACAAAAGAAAACUAUAUGGGUCAGUUUGUGACUUAAGGAGCUGCACAUUGCCAGCCUCUUCUUCUCUAAGUCACUCUAUGUUUGACCUUACAAGUCCACCACACCGAUUUAUGCAGAGAUACGAUUCAGUCUCCAGUGUUCCAAGCAGCACUUCAUCCAGGAAGGACUCGCAUGGUAGUAACAGGAGUCUAGAUACCAUUACGUUAUCAGGUGAUGAGCGAGAAUUUGGCAGGCUCAAUGUGAAGGUGUGCUACGUUCCUCACGUUGAACAGAUCUGGAUCACAAUCUUGAAAUGCAAAGAUCUGAGCUGGUCAUCUAGCCUUGGAGAAAACCCCCACAUUUCCAUCAAAGGAACUAUUACACUGCCCAAGCCAGUGCAAUUCAGAUGCUCACCAAGGGAAGCUUCCAGUGACAUUGAAUUCAUGGAAACAUUUGUGUUUGCCAUCAGACUGCAACUUCUGCAGACUGCGAGGCUUGUCUUCAAAGUACAAGCUCAGAUUCCUAGGAAGAAAACUAUCGGGGAAUGUGUUUUGCCGCUGCGAGAGCUCAGCUCGCAAGAAACAGACAACUGGUUGGUGGUAGCACCUCCUUCCAAAGCUUCAGUGUCCCCUGCAGAAAUGAAAAUAGGCACCUGUUUUCAAGCAGUAAACAGUCGGAUCCAGUUGCAAAUUUUUGAAGCCCAGAACCUCCCAAGCUCUACCACACCACUGUCUUCAAAUUAUUUUGUAAAGGCUGCUAUGCUUAGCACUGAAGGGCUGGUUGAUAAGAAAAAGACCCGGCUACUGAAAUCCACAAAUGGUCGAGUGAAGUGGGGAGAAACUAUGAUUUUUCCAGUGAGCAACAAUGAACAUGGGAUAAACUUUCUCAUCAGACUAUACAGCAGGAGCUCAGUGAGAAGAAAACACUUUCUGGGACAGGUCUGGCUAAGCAGUGACAGCAACAGUCCUGAAGCUUCUGCUCAGUGGAGAGACACAAUUGCCAAUCCAGAGAAGGUUGUUGUUAAGUGGCAUAACGUCAAUCCAGCAUGACGCUGGUGUGGACAGUACUUUUGGAAUUCAUUGGGACUUGAGCCAAGAGGCUUCUGCGCUUACUUAAAAUAAACAGUCAUCCACUAAGACAGAAGGAAAAUAAAUACCUGCAUUGACUGGUGUGUAAGGUCACCUCUAGAGAGGAAAGCAAGAGAAGGAACUGUAGUGCUGGAAAAAAGACACCAUGUGAAGAAUCUUCACAAUAUCCAUGGAAUACAGAGGUCAUCUUGUGAAGUUAAGGGCCCAACUACUGAUCCUUUUGAUAAGGAUUAAAAGAACUUUCGUAUAUUUAUGUUAAUGUUAGAUCUCUAAGUUAGAAGAAAAGCUAACUCAAAAAUGACUCUGAAGGACUUUACUUCAGGAAGACAUUUCCCUUUUCUACAUUGAAAACCCUGCCUCAGUUACUGUUUUCUUUCUAAAACUGUUAUAAGGGCACCGCUUAAUAAUCAUUGCAGACAUCUCUCAGCAGUCAUCCCUUCGUGUUGAGCAAGAGAUCUAAGACAGACAGCAGGGGGCAGAUUAGUAUUUUACUGUUCAGAAUCUUGCAAUAAACUUUUUAAAGUAAUUUUGAAGAAGGCUUGCUUGUCAUGAGCAUUGGGCUUUAACGUGAGGGAGGACCGGGCAUUUCAAGACAACUCUUGCUGCAUGCAGAGAGGUUUUCAGUGCUUCAAAGUGCCAGGUCAUAGUACUUGCUCCUAUUUGGGGGCCUAAGACUUAACUCACUGUUGUGGGCCAAGAGAUGGAGUAACAGCAAAUGAAAGCCUUUGCUGCUAUGAAGAAUAAAAAUAUUCUAACCUACGAGGAAGAUUGUGCAUUUAAUAAAUGCUGCAUUGUGGCGCUGCAUUGUGAAAUGGUGAAAUGUUUACUGACAAAAAUGCUCGUCAAAUGUUCAACCCUUUAAAGUGCUACCAUAUGUAAUUUUAGCAGGCAGAUGUGAAUAGUUAAUUGUAAUAUGCAUACAAUAAGUUGAAUAUGAAGACACUAUAGCUAGGAUGGAGAACCUUUAGGUCUCUAGAUGUUGCCCCAGCUGGCACGGCCAAUGAAUAUUGGAGCUGUAGCUCACCAACAUCUGGAAGGUAACAGGUCAACCAUCCCUGAUGUAUGAACAUGCUUAACUGGGUCAGUAGCUAAGGUUUCCAGUUGUAAAUCCUGUACCAUCUAACUUCUUAGAGCACUUUUAAUCCUUGGCUGAGGCCCCAAAAAUAUUCUUCAUAGGAAAAAGAGUGGGACGUGUGCUAUCCCUUAACAAUACUUGCUUCAGACAUAAUGUUGAAAUUAUAACUUUAGCCUGGUUGUAAGUCUAAAUUAUUGCAAUGCGGAUCAGAGACUGGUCACUAUAGUUUUUUUAUACUUAACACUGCCCCUCCCCAUACCUGUAUUUGUUAUGAAAAGAUUGCAGUGGUAAAAGACUGCAGAACUGCCGUGAACAGAGGAUGCAGAGAGUGCAUGUCUAGUUUGUCUCUAAGUUGAUGGUUCCCAUCUAGCUCGUAUCAAUCAUGGCUAAACAGUUUAUAAUUUUAUAAGUAAUUAAGUAAUUAAAGCUGAUAAUCUCA